ACUUUUGGGCCCCACAAACCUACCUCCACAAACAACUUCGGACGUGUAUUCAUAAAGUACCACCACAACGGACAGACUUUUAUAAUUCCCUUACCGAGAUUCUCGGGAGUCGGUUAUACCACCACCACGCUUCUUUGUGCUCCAUGGCCACGGUGGCGCGUGCACUUCGCUGUGAGCUGGUUGUUCAGAAACAAUCGGGGAAGACGGAACCCGCUGUUUCGGUUCCGGUUCAGAUCCCGGUCCCGAAGAAGGUUAGAGCGAGUGAACCUGAUAACGGGAAGAUUGUGUUGCAGCCCCGGCUAUGCACGCUGAGAUCGUACAGUUCGGAUCGUUUUGGGUUCGUGAAGACGAAAAGGGACGGUGAAGAUGGAGUGUCGCGGUUCUUCGACACUUUAUCGGAAUAUAUUGAGAGCUCCAAGAAGAGUCACGACUUCGAGAUCAUAUCUGGUCGGCUCGCCAUGAUUGUGUUUGCUGCAACGGUGACAAUGGAGGUUGCGACUGGAAACUCUGUAUUCAGAAAGAUGGAAUUACAGGGGAUUGCGGAAGCAGCAGGUGUUUGUUUGGGAGCAGUGACUUGCGCUGCGAUUUUCGCUUGGUUCUCCAGUGCGCGUAAUAGAGUUGGUAAUAUGUUCACUAUCAGCUGCAACACCUUCAUUGAUUCACUAAUUGACCAGAUUUUUGAUGGCCUGUUCUAUGAAAGUGAGGUUAGUGACUGGUCCGAUGAUAUUUGAAGUAAAAAAACUAAGCUAUCAUUGACUGGACAAUGGAGAGCAAAUCGCACCCCACAAGCUGGGUUUCCAUUUUGAUCAUAGCUAUAGGUAUAGCUUAUAUAUAUAUAUGUAUAUAUUGCAUAUAUGGCUCAACAAUCAUACGACAUGAUUAUACUUGGGUUAUAUAUAUAUAGGACAAUGUUUAUACUUGUGUUUUCUCUUAAUUUUUAGAUACAUUUUUGUUUCUGCAAAGCUAUAUAUGUGAAUAUACAGAAUACAUUAUAUGGGGGCUAUGCUGUUCAUUGCCCAAUUUAUAUGUGAAGUUUGUUUUGUUCUUUCCAGUUUAUUU